GUCAGCAAUAACUGCCACAACUGCACACACACACGACAACAGCCAAGAUGCCACCAAAGCGGAAGAAGCACAUCCAGCGAACUGGCAAUGCUGGCAACUCGAAGAAAGGCAGCAAGGAGGAAGUGAUGGCACGGCUGGCGCAGAAGAAGGCACAGCAGGAGGCCAGCAAGGCCGCAACGGGCGAUGGUGGCGAUGAUGGUGGCGGCUUUGCCAUCUGGGGAUCCUCUCCCGCCGAUGACAAGGCGUCCUCCUCCAGCAGCAAGCCAAAGCCCAUCGCGCUGAGGUCGGAUCUCAGUAAUUGGACGGGCAAGCGGCCGCAGACGCUGCUUUACGAACUGUGCCGGCAACGCAAGUACAGCAAGCCUUCGUUCAGGCCAAUCCCCAGAGACGGCGGGUUCAUCUGCAAGAUCAACCUCUUCAAGACGGAUCCAAAGUCCGGCGAGCAGGAAAACUUCUACACGUGCGACAAGCGCGUGUACUCCACAAAGGAGGAGGCCGUGAACAUGAACGCCGUCGCCUGCUUACACCGCAUCAACUUUGACAAGCCAAUGCACCGCGUGCUGCCCCCUGGAUACCGCGACUACUGGCUCAAGCUGGAGGACGAGCGGAAGGCGGAUCCGCGCUCCAAAGCCCCGCGCUCCGUCGACCCCUUCAAGUUCAAGAAGGAAGUAGAGCAGCGACGAGAGAAGCGUGAGGUGGACAAGCGACGACGCGAGCGCACGCGUGAGCUCGACCCGAAGUUUUCAUACCCGUCCAUCUCCAUCGCAGAGGAUCUUAGACACCGCAUCGAGGCUGCAAUCAAGAAGGUUAUGGUGUACUCUGAACAGCACGGCCUGGCAGAAAUGACCGCAAAACUCGAGCUUGCAGGCAACGAAGGACCCAGCAGCAGCAGCAGCGGUGGGCGUGGUGGCGGCGGCGGAGGGAAGGGUCGUGAUGGUUCACGUGGAGACGACCAGAAGAAGAUUGUGGCAGAUUUGCAGAAGCAAGGCUUUCUGCGGGCCAACAUUGAGGAGGCACUGCUCUACUGCAAAUCAAGGUCUGCGGUGCUUGACUGGCUGUGCCUGCACCUGCCCGAGCGCGAUCUGCCGGAGCAGUACCGGCCCGUCAUCAUGGACGUGCGCACACACACGCGCGACACCGCCGCCCUGGCGCACGAGUACCGCAUCCGUCGCCUCGUCGACUACGGCUUCAAGCGGGAGCACUCGGAGGCGCUGCUGCUUGAAUCGGGCGAGCGGGUGUUUGAUGCGCUCGCUCGCCUCCUCGCAAACCUGCACAUCACCGCAGACGCACACGCGCACGCGCACACGAAGCAGCGCACACGUGGCACGCGUGAUGGCAAGGGCGAUGAUACCGGUGAUGUGGAGAAGCGCGAGCGGUUUGUCCGGGAGGAGUACCCAUUUGUCGUCGCGCCACCCGACAAGCGGACGUUUGAUCCGGAAUUGGAGGAGCAGCUGCAUGACGAAAUCUCGUCCAUGCAGGCCAUCUUCGAAGGGCAGUGCCACGUGGAGAGCGCCGAGCACAACGGAACAUUCGCCCACACCGUGCGCAUCGACCUCAAGAACAUUCCCGAGGUGCCUGGCAAGGUGUCUGUGCACUUUUUCGUGCCCGUCGGCUGCCACUACCCGGCGCACCGCCCUCUCAUUGUCGUGACGAGCGACAAGCUGCCGGCGCACGUGGCGCUGACGAUGACGAAAGACGCGAACAUACACGCAAAGGACUUUGUUGGCGACGUGAUGAUGAACGACAUUGCGUCAUGGCUCGAGCUGCAUGCCCCAGAUUACGUGGAGAACCCACCGCGCCUCGCAGACCUGCCCACGACGCGUCUGCUGUUCUGCACGACGGGUGUCCUCCUGCGCCAGCUGCAGUCCGACCCCGCCAUCCACUCUAUCUCGCACAUCUUCGUGGAUGAGGUGCACGAGCGCAGUCUUGACAGCGACGUACUGCUUGCUCGGCUCCGCGAUGUUUUGCGCCGCCGAAAGGACUUGAAGGUCGUCCUCAUGAGCGCAACCCUCGACGCCGCAAAGUUCUCAAACUACUUUGGAGGCGCACCUGUGAUUCAGAUCCCCGGCUUCACGCAUCCCGUGAAGGAGGUGUAUCUUGAGGACAUAUACGCAACCGUCCGUCCGCGCAUAUCGCUCCCGUCUGCAGAGAAGGCAAAGCGGUCCAUGCCUUGGACGGCCCGCAGCGUUGCUGGGGAGGACGCGUGCGGUGUGGAUGACGAGACACUGACGCGCCUGGCGGCGGUCGAUGGCAUUGACUAUCAGCUGAUUGCAGACAUUGUGCAAUACAUUCUCCAGCACGGGGAUGAUGGCGCAAUCCUCAUCUUCAUGCCAGGUAUGGGCGAAAUCACGCGCGCGAUCAAGACCAUCAACAGCAAGUGCGGCGGACGCGUGACAGCAAUGCCGCUGCACUCGUCGCUCACAGCGCAGGAGCAGGCCCGCAUCUUCAGCAAGGCGCCGAGCGGGAUGCGGAAAGUGAUUGUGUCGACGAACAUUGCAGAGACGUCUAUUACUGUUGAUGAUGUCACGCACGUGAUUGACAGCGGGAAGAUGAAAGAGAACAGGUACGAUGCUGGUGCGGGCAUGGAGCUGCUCGUUGAGACGUGGGUCUCGCGCGCAUCUGCACAGCAGCGCCGCGGUCGUGCCGGCCGCGUCAAGCCAGGGACCUGCUACAGGUGCUUCUCUCGCCGCCGCUUUGCGAAAAUGGCGGAUCAGCAGGCGCCUGAAGUGCUGCGCGUACCGCUGGAGCAUCUUUGCCUUCACAUCAAGAGCAUCGGAUACGCAGACGUGACAAAGUUCCUGAGCGGAUUUCUUGAUUCACCUGAUGCGUCCACAGUUGACCAGGCACUCUCCCUCCUCCACGACAUUGGCGCUCUCGACGCGCACGGCCACAUCACAGCUCUGGGUCACCACUUGGCGCAGUUUCCGCUUGGGACGCGACUGGCGAAGCUGAUUCUCUUUGGCGCCAUCCUCAAAUGCGUCGACCCCGUCGUCACCAUCGCCGCAUGCAUCGGGUACAAACCCAUCUUCGUAUCGCCAAUGGACCGGCGAGAUGAAGCAAACGCCGCCAAGGAGCGAUUCAAGACAUGCGCCUCAGACCACAUCACCAUCGUCAACGCCUUCAAUGCGGCGGUAGAAGUGCUGCAGACGGAGGGACGUCGCGGAUUUAUGGCGUUUUGUUCCGACAAUUUCCUCUCGCACAAGACCAUCAUGGAGGUCAUUGAUCUUCGCGUACAGUACUACUCUGUGCUGCAAGAGCUUGGGUUUGCGCCGUCAGAGCGACAGCACAAGAAGGACAAGAUUGGCCCACCCGGGAUGAAUGUGCACAGCGGGGACGAGGAUGUGGUUAUGGCGGCCGUGUUUGCUGGUCUCUAUCCAAACGUCGUUCGCGCUGUCCUUCCAACAGGAACAUACACCAAGGUUGAGGGUGGGACUGUGCGAAAGGACGACGAAGCAAAAGCGAUCAGACUGUUCCCGAAGGAGACGGGACGUCUCUUCUUCCACCCGUCAUCCAUCCUCUUUCACCACACAAAGUUUCCGCGCCAGUAUCUGGUGUACACGGACAAGGUGAAGACAUCCAAAGUCUUUAUCCGCGACGUGUCGCUCGUCAGCACAUGCGCAGCGCUCCUCUUCUCCAGCGACAUUGAGAUUGAUCAUGACAACGGUCUCUUGCUCGUCGACGACUGGAUGAAGUUCCGCGCAUCUGCACGCGUUGGCGUUCUCGCGUCAAAACUCAAGGCCGCAUUCGAGGCGCUGCUGGCGAUCAAACUCGAGGAUCCACACGAAGAAAUUGAGAAGAGCGAAAUCUUUGAUCUUUUCUGCCGUCUCAUCAAGUCCGGCUGAACUCAAGCGCAGUGGUGGCGGUGGUGGUUGUGUCUGUCUGUCUGUCUGUCUGUCUGUCUGUCUGUCUGUCUGUCCGUCUGUCCGUCCGUCCGUCCGUCUGUUUGUCUGUCUGUCUCUGUCUGUCUCUCUGCGUUGUCCAUGUCUGUGGGAAAGCACGCUGCUGACAAACAACGCAACAAACAAUCGAGCUGCACCCCCUCCCCCUUGCUUGCACACACAUGUCACCACAGCCCUCGCUCCCUCGCUCCCUCGCCCUGUCGCUGAUUCGACAGUAAACAACUGAGGCCCGCAAAGGAAAUUGUGCGUUUAUGGCAACCUCACUUGCUUGCCUGCUUGUGAGUUGAAAUUGAUGGGACGACUGCCAAAUACAUCAACGGGCGAC